ACAUUUCCCCCACCUUGGACGGAAGCGCCAUGGCGUUGCCACGGCUGCUGGCAUUGCUGAUGGCGAGCUCCUGCCACUGCCUGGAGAUGUGCUGCCGAGCCUUCCAGAAGGGCGCCGAGCUCCGUGAAGCACUCCGUCGCUGGCGACGGCCGUCCGAAAGGCCUAAACUGAUCUCCAUCUCAGGACGAGCUCCAGGCAGAAACAAUCUGAUGUGCGAACGUUGCGGAGUGGGGCUAUACGCACCACCAGCUCGAAGCUUCUGCCAGGAAUGCCCUGAAGGUUCAACUCCUUCCGCAGACCGAACCACGUGUGAAGAUUGUCCGAUGAUGCACUACUCUGUCAGUGGCAUGGACGAGCGCUUGCCCUGCAACUUGCCGUUGGCUGUGGUGGACAACCGCUGCGUAUGGUGGCACUUGCCACUCUUGGCGCUUGGCUUAGGAGCCUUGGGAGUUUGUAGUGGCUUGGUCUUUUUCUGGAUUCACUCCCGAAAAGCUAAGACUAAGAAUAUCGAACGAAUCCUGGAGGAAGUCUACAUGGAACUCUGGGAUGAACAACCAAACACGCUCGACGCAUACUCGAAGAAGUUGUAUGGUCUGGGUCUUCGGAAAGUCAAUUUCGAUCAACAUAUUUCAGGUAUGCGUGCCUUACAGAGUCAAAGAGCCGGGGUGAGCAUCGGAUAUUUGCUUUCUGCUGACUUUGCUCAACUUGCCAUACAGCGCACUGGCAAGGAUGAUCCGACCUUCACCGACAUGAAAACCUGUUUUUGGCUCUCAGAGGAUCCCAUCGGAGAAGACAUCAUUUGCCCUCGGGACGGUAGACCUGGGUGUGCGUUGGUUGAUUGGAUACCACGGCGUGAACGCCGAGAACAAACUCAUUUUAUGAGUUGGACUUGGAAAUACAGCCUGCAACAGGUGCGGAGCGCUUUGGGAACAUUUCAGGAAAACCUGGUUGGCCCCUGUUACUUCUUCAUGUGUUUUUUUGCCAACAACCAGUACAGAAUCCUGGUUGAAGAGAGCAGCAGUGGCAGCGACAAUCUGGAAGAGGUGUUCGAAACAAAUCUGAAGAGGAUUGGAAGAAUGGUUGCGAUUCUGGACACUUGGGAUCAACCCACAUAUUUGACUCGUGUGUGGACUGUCUAUGAGCAAUUUGUGGCUUCCACGAUUCAGAUUGAAGCGACGGUUGGAAGAUGUUGGAAUCAUCCCAGUUUUCCGAAACUCGGAUCAUUUGCAGCUUUUUGGAAGGUGGAGUUUAUCAUGCCAAAGGAUGCAUCAGAUCAUAUGCAGCGGCAGAUCGCACAGGGCUCCGACGGCAUCGAUGAGGUCAUCGAAGCUAUCAGUCAGGUCGACUCGGAAGAAGCCAAAGCUUGGAGUAUUCAGGAUGAGAUCAAAGUGAAGUCCCUGAUCCAGGACAGCGUUGGCUUCGAUCAUGUGGACGCCCACGUGACGAAUGUCAUGAUCGGUUGGAUCGGGGGAGUUGUGAGGCAGACAUGCCGAGAGCUGCUGGAUAGGGCGCGUUACGAGAAGGUCUUGAAGAAAAGAGAUCGCCGUCAGGCUGCUGGUGACCAGCGCAGAAAGCGGAUGUCUCUGUGAUGGUCAGGUAUCGAGCCGCACCAGCGAUUUAUUUCGCUGGCGAAGUUUUUUCCAGGCAUCUACUUCAGGUACCCAACAAACUGCCAAUUUUGAGCGCUGCCACACGUGCAGCAGACUUCAUUGGCCACCAAGAUGUCAAUCAAUUUGAGAAUGGCAUGCAGUACAGAUGGCUUCAUCGGAUCAGUUGUAGCUGUUGAUCGGUUCCACCC